UCUCCCACCUCUUCACUUGUUCCUUCAUUUUCUUCUUUAUCUCACUUAUUAUUAUUAUUAUUACCACCUCGUAACUCUUCCUUGAUUAGCUCCGAAAUUCAAGAGAAGAAAAAUAUUUUCAACAAAAAUGGCUUUUCAUCUGUUGCCAAUGUCAGAUUUGGGUGUGCUUCGUUAGCGAAACAAAAAGUACGUACAGUGUUGUUUUGUUUGUCUUAAUUUGUUCCAUGGAGAUGGAGAGAGUUUUGUGGGUUGGCAUUGCUAUAGGACUUGUUUUCAGCAACUGGGUCGUAGGAUAUGAACAAUAUCACUUCAAUGAAACAGAGUUGUCUUUAUUAGAGGCUCAUGAAGCUUCCUUGUCCUACGCCGGGACCGAGAGAAAUAAUCUUCUGCUGGUAGGACUCACCCUUAUUCAAAAUGCUGCUGCUAAAGGAGCAGUCUGCUUGGAUGGAACAUUGCCUGGUUAUCAUUGGCAUCGGGGAUAUGGAUCAGGAGCAAAUAGCUGGCUUAUUAAUUUAGAGGGUGGUGGAUGGUGUAAUAAUAUUAGAACAUGUGUUUAUCGCAAGAAAACCCGGCGUGGAUCAUCAGAUUUCAUGGAAAAGGAGAUACCUUUUACUGGAAUAUUAAGUAAUAAGGCUGAAGAAAAUCCAGAUUUUUUCAAUUGGAAUAGAGUAAAGCUUCGUUAUUGUGAUGGCGCCUCAUUUACUGGGGAUAGUGAAGAUGAGACUGCAGAACUGCAAUUCAGAGGACAGCGUAUUUGGGCAGCUGCAAUGGAAGAUUUGAUGUCAAAAGGAAUGCGUUUUGCCAAUCAGGCUCUUCUUUCGGGAUGCUCUGCGGGUGGCCUGGCUACUAUUAUUCAUUGUGAUGAAUUUCGUGGUCUCUUUCCAAGGACCACCAAAGUGAAAUGUCUUAGUGAUGCUGGGUUGUUUCUUGAUGUGAUUGAUGUAUCUGGAGGGCAUACCCUUAGGAAUUUAUACAGUGGUGUUGUAGGAUUGCAGGGAGCACAGAAGAAUCUGCCACAAAUUUGUACUAAUCACCUUGAUCCCAUCUCGUGCUUCUUUCCUCAAAACUUGAUUGCCAGUGUUAAGACCCCGCUAUUCAUUCUUAAUGCUGCUUAUGAUUCAUGGCAGAUCCAGUCCAGUUUAGCUCCUCCAUCAGCAGAUCCCCAUGGCUAUUGGCAACAAUGUAGAUUAAACCAUGCUAAAUGUACUGGACCACAAAUUCAAUUUCUGCAAGGAUUCAGGAAUCAUAUGCUGAAUGCUAUUAAAUACUUCUCAAGAUCAAAGCAGAAUGGCUUGUUUAUUAAUUCUUGUUUUUCUCACUGCCAAACUGAGAGGCAGGAUACAUGGUUUGCUGACAAUUCUCCUGUUAUUAGGAACAAGGCAAUUGCUCUGGCUGUUGGAGACUGGUAUUUCGAUCGAGCAGGUGUUAAGGCCAUUGAUUGUCCUUACCCUUGUGAUAAUACAUGCCAUCAUCUGAUUUUCAGAUGAGCCAAAUUUCAUCCAUCAUCUCGUUCAUUUUUGCCUUCUUCUGAUCAGUGGAGAUGCUAUUCAAUCAAGUUAUGGAAAACAAUAAAAGAAAAGAGGAAGCUGAUGCAAAUUUAAUCUGUCAACUAUUACCAUGUUGGCGUAAGUACUUUUCAUGUUAGGAAUGCCAUGGUGCAGCAGUGAUCAAAUGUCAUCACUUAGUUCCCUUCUAGCUUGGAACAAAAAGAACGUGUUCCAACAAAGUUUGGUACACUUAGUCAGUAGAUAGUUGUGUUCUUAACUGUCAUAGGAGUUGAUUCAUUAUUGUGUAUGUGAAAAACACUUGACUAGAAAAGGUAAAACUCAUUGAGUAAUUUACGUCUUGUAAGUUGUUUCGGAUACUCAUACCCAACGAAACUGAAAAAAAAAAAAAGGGAUGUGUUUAAAGUGUUAUAACAUUAUUAGCUAAUUUACCAGUGA